GGGUGAAUUUGCAUGAGGAGGAGAAAAGUCAUUUAGCGGCGAAGCUAAGGGAGGCCCAGCGCUUAGCCGGCUAAGCUAAACCCCCCAAAACCUUCGGGCUUCAAGAAUGGAUAUAAGUUAACGAUGACUGGAGAGAAGAAGAAGAAGAAGCGGCUGAACCGCAGCAUUCUUCUGGCCAAGAAAAUCAUCAUCAAAGACGGAGGCAGCCCGCAGGGGAUUGGGGAGCCCAGUGUUUACCAUGCGGUCGUGGUCAUCUUCCUGGAGUUCUUCGCCUGGGGGCUGCUCACGACUCCGAUGCUCACGGUGUUACACCAGACGUUUCCUCAGCACACGUUCCUGAUGAACGGACUGAUCCAUGGAGUCAAGGGUCUCCUGUCGUUCCUCAGCGCUCCACUGAUCGGUGCUCUUUCCGAUGUUUGGGGUCGAAAGUCCUUCCUCCUGCUCACCGUCUUCUUCACCUGCGCCCCCAUCCCCCUCAUGAAGAUCAGCCCAUGGUGGUAUUUCGCUGUGAUCUCCAUGUCUGGAGUGUUCGCGGUCACGUUUUCGGUGAUCUUUGCGUACGUGGCGGACAUCACACAGGAACAUGAGAGGAGCACGGCGUAUGGGCUGGUUUCGGCCACGUUCGCGGCGAGCCUGGUGACGAGUCCGGCCAUCGGGGCGUACCUGUCUCAGGCGUAUGGGGACACGCUCGUGGUCAUUCUGGCCACGGCCAUCGCGCUGCUGGACAUCUGCUUCAUCCUGGUGGCCGUGCCCGAGUCUCUGCCGGAGAAGAUGCGCCCGGCCUCCUGGGGGGCUCCGAUCUCCUGGGAACAGGCCGACCCCUUCGCCUCUCUGCGUAAGGUUGGUCAGGACUCCACAGUGCUGCUGAUCUGUAUUACAGUCUUCCUGUCCUACCUGCCUGAGGCUGGACAGUACUCCAGUUUCUUCCUCUACCUGCGACAGGUGAUCGGGUUCACGUCGGAGACGGUGGCAGCGUUCAUCGCGGUGGUGGGAAUUCUCUCCAUCCUGGCUCAGACGGUGGUUCUGGGGAUCCUGAUGCGCUCCAUAGGCAAUAAGAACACCAUCCUGCUGGGCCUGGGCUUUCAGAUCCUUCAGCUGGCCUGGUACGGCUUCGGCUCCCAGCCAUGGAUGAUGUGGGCGGCCGGGGCUGUAGCUGCGAUGUCCAGUAUUACCUUUCCAGCCAUCAGUGCCAUAGUGUCCCGAAACGCCGACCCGGACCAGCAGGGUGUGGUGCAGGGGAUGAUCACGGGGAUCAGAGGGCUGUGUAACGGACUCGGCCCCGCCCUCUACGGGUUCGUCUUCUACCUGUUCCACGUGGAGCUGAACGAGAUGGACCCUGCGGACAGCCCGGAUAAAGGCGCUAAACCCAACAUGGCUAACCCCACUGAUGAGAGUGCCAUUAUUCCAGGUCCUCCGUUCCUGUUCGGAGCAUGCUCCGUUCUGCUCUCCCUGUUGGUGGCGCUCUUCAUCCCGGAGCACAACGCACUCAGCCUGCGUCCCGGCGGCUACAAGAAGCACACCAGUGGCUCUCAGGGCCACGCCCACAGCCCUCAGGGCGGAGCCUGCGAGGGGAAGGAGCCACUACUGGAGGACAGCAGCGUAUAACACACACUUACACAAUCACCACAUGCAUACGGACGUAUGGGACCCACUCCCCAAUCCACCCCCCCUCCCACCCCCAGCAGGGGUCGCCAUGACGACCAGGCCCGCCGCACGGGGGACGAACUGACUGGGAGGUUGAAAAGGGGGCGGAGUCAGACCGCUGGUUCGUCCCUCAGCCAAUCACAAGUCCUUCUGGGAGAGAAAAACGGUUUUCAGUGGGAGUGGAUGGUGGCUGCAUUGCAUUAUGGGAAAUGUAGUCAUUCCGCACAAUGAUGAGGACUGUUUGAAGGUUAUUUCUAAGUUCUAGGUUUUUUUUUUUUCUUUCUUUCUUUCUGUAUUUCUGUCUGUCUUUCUUUCUUUCUUUCUUCCUUGCUCUCUCUUUCCACGUCUGGCUGUCUUGGUGGGGUGAACAGGUGCGGGAGGUGCUUACAUUGCAUUUUGGGAGAUGCAGGCACAGACGAACACGCUCUCCCGAGGAGGACUGAAGGUUUUUCUCAAGCUUUGCUGAGUUGUGAAUGUUUCUCUCCCCCCCCGUCUCACUCUUUCCACGUUUUCCAGUAAAAUUCAGUGUGAUCGGAGGUGCAGGCGGCCUCCAGCUGUGGGCUGGCGUGCCGCGUCGUGCCGCCGCUGCCGGUUUGGACACGUUCUGUCUUUUCUUUUAUACUGAGUGAUGAGAGUGAAGUCGAGGUGGCUUUUCUCCCGGCCAGGAAAACGAUUUAUACUGAGCGAACCUGCCUGGAGUUAACGAAACCACUUACAGACUCCGUGUCGUGCUUGUUAGGAAGAUUGAUUGAGCCCCUACCCCCUCCACCCCCCCACCCCGUACUAACGAGCUUGUCAAUUACUGUUGUGCAUUAUGUUACAGAGGAAUAUCUUCAUUUCUCUCAUUUGUUUUCGAGAAUAGGUGUCAAAAGUUUAGUUUUUAUUGUUAUUAUUAUUUAGAGGAAUGAAAAAAGUUGCCUUUAAGUGACUUUUUAAAGCUAUUACAAGACCCGAAUGACGACUUUGCUCCGAUUGGGUUCAGUAGUGGUGGUUAUUGCUCCUAUCGGAGCGCGCGAACAUUCAGAUCUCAUCCGUUUUUGUUUUGAAUUAUGAUUGCUUCGUCGUCCGCCUCUGUGUUCUCUAACAUCCAUGCUGCCUCAGUCAGGACUGUAAAUCUUAGCCGAAGCGUAGUUUUGGUCUUAUCCUCAGCACUGAUGUCUAAACUGGGUUCGUGUCACUGCACCGAGUGAACCGAUCACGUGCUGCUGCCGCUGCUCUAGGAGCUUUUUAGAAGGUUCGUUGCUCCGUGGUGUUUUUAUUAGGCUGCAAAACGUGCCGCAGGGAGUUGGACCGAGGACGCCAGGUUCGUUUUUAGGCUUCCAGACUUCUCGGUGGUCGGUGAUGUGAAAAUUCGCUCAAUUGACUUCCCUCAGCAAGCCUCAAGUGCAUUGGAAUCACCUUUUAUUGAUUUAUUCGGGGAUGUUUAAUCAGCUUCUCACUCAUUGGGUUGUUUCGGGUUAAGGUGCCAUACCUGUGAAUGUGUGUGUGUUUUGAUGUGUCUUUGUUUUUAUGUUUUAUUUUUUGUUCUUAACUGUAUUUCGAGGAGUUAAACGUAUCAUUUUUAACUCUGGCAUGGAUUAUCGUCCAGACCAACUGUUCCUCUUAACACCUCAGAAACCGCAGCGUUCACGAAGACGUUUCGGUAUCUGUCGAGAGCGCAUGUGGGGGUGGAGGGACUGAAGCCACUCCAGCAGCCUGUCUUGCAUUGACUUCCACCCGUUUUUAUCAUCUCUUCCUUUAAUAUACGGAUCAGAAUCAAGUGCUUCUUUCUCUACAGAGCACAACAUCUAAUCCGUCAUCAUAGCUCCCUUCCCUUUUGAAGAGGAUUUCGUUUUAUUUCAUUUCUGACGUCACAAUAGUGGUGAUUUCCCUAGUGUCUCUACAGGAAUCCAGCCUGUCUGGGGUGUUCUUUAGCUUCUCCACGUUGGACUGAAAUCUCCUCAUGUACUAAAGACGAGCCUGCAAGGUUCUUUCCUUUGUUUUGGAGUCAGUUAUUCGGGAAACGGUUCGGUUUAAAGCUUUUCGGUGUUGUUGGUGGAGCUUAGCCUGUCGGCCGAGCUGGUCGGUAGUUAAACCAGCAUAGCUAGAAAUCUGCGUUCCUAACCCGGGUGUGUUCAGCGUCUUGUGUAAAAUGGACAGUUGGAUACCUGAAGCCAGCAAUACAAACUUGAAUGAAGGUGGAAACCCUUAUAUUGAGAUAGCAGUGUCGUAUCGGGAGGUUGGGUGACUGUAAAUUUAUGAGGAAUAAAACAUCGACGCCUACCCAUGAGAUGUUUUGCCGCAGCCCCCAAGUUGUUUAUCUGUCAUUUUUCAGAAUGGAUCAUAUUUUGACAUCUGGUCUGGUUCUCCGAGUUAAACCAGUCGCUCCUGGGAUCUGGGUUCUAGAGCCGGACAGUCCGGUUCUAAAGCUGUAGUAGAACAGCGAGCGUUCAGACUGAAGCAGCUUUUAUUACCUCGUUUUAUGAAAGCAGCAGUUUCUGCUUCCAGGCUUUUAUACUCGUCAGUCUUCGCCCAGAAGCGCAUAUCAGCGCGUUUUCUCGACCGAUAUCGAAGCGCCUUGUGAACGCGGCCCGUCGCGGAGCUGACCGAAAGGCUGCGUCCGCGUGGAGCGCAGGAAAGAAAGCUUUUGUGCUUUUUAAGUGGUGUUUUUACAGGAGGAUUUGGUGGACAAACAGGGUGGGCUCCUUCUUCUUCUCUUCUUUCGGUUUUGUUUUGUCUUCUCGUCACACAGCUGUCAAAACUGUUAUUCCCAGCCACUAAUUUUACAAAGAAAUCUGGUCUGUGGACUCAGAAAAAAGCCAAUUUAUUUGUGCCUAAAAAUGUGUUCUAAACUGAUGAUGAUGGUGGUGGUGAUGAUGAUGAUGAUAAUAUAUGCGAAUAGUGGGCGUGUUGUAAAUAUGGGAAACUAAUGGUGAACUAUUUAUUAAAAGUUUAUUGAUAUUGA